AACUACUUUGUCGAUAAAUACGUGAUCUCUACGGGUUCUCAAGAUAUCCUCAACCGGAUGCUUGCCAUUGAGCCUUCCAGCCGUGAUUCGCUAGAGACCAUACGUUCUCUCGUCAUGAAUCUCGAUACGUUUUUCCCGGCUGAGGAAACCUCUACUGUCGGGACGCAGACAGUCAACAGAGAAGUGGAACGGAAUUCAUAUGAAGACCCUCAAGAGUAUGUCGACCCCUCCUUUCUCUGUUCUUCUACUCACCCUCAUCUUUAGUACAUUGUCUUCUUCUAUGGAUCACGUCCUAAGCCCAAUGCCUUCGUCGUCGGCUAUCGACUCGAUUUCAUCUUCGAGAUCGUCUGUCUGUUCCUUACCUGGAAGCCGUAUAGUCAUCGCUUCUGGUCAACCUCCCCUCGCCUUCACGAAUUCAGUCCGAGCUUCAAAUGGAGCCGUCGUGGGUCAGGAACACCGAAGAGGACCUCCGCCACCGUCACCACCUCGCCCAACUCCCAAAGGGAUCGCAGCAAAUAUUGUCCAGGAUCAGAGUCGUCCAAGGGGUUCUCCGCCACCAUUGCCGCCUAGACCGUCUCCUCGUGGUAUUGCAGCCCCGCCUCUAACCUCCGUCAUCGAUCCUGUUCGAGCCUCAAAUGUCCUCAUGCGGAAUGGUGGACUUGCAACGAAUUCUUCGUCGCCGUUACCUCCUCGAGUUCCUCCUUGUCAUAUUGCAAUCGGGCCGCCUCCAUCUGCCACCGUCAAACCCAGUCGGGUUCCAUAUACAUUCCCGGGCCAAGGACAUCCAAUGGGUCCUCCGCCUUUACCGCGUCAUUCUUCUCCCUUCGGAGUCGCGCCAAGAUAUCCGCCACGCUCGUGGUGCAAGGGAGACUGCAGUCUCUGAUUCUUCCUUUCGCAAGACGAAAGAUUCCCCCGGAGUUUCAGAGCUAAGCGUCUUCUCUCUUGUUUUCAUUUCCAUUUUCUUCACUCUCUUUGUUUUCUAGACCACCCGCA